UGUCUCCCCGCCUCCCUCUCUCUCUCUCUCUCUCUCCCCACCCCCACUUCUCUCUCGCGCGCGCGCUCUCUCUCUCUUCUGAAGGUUGAAGCGGAGGCAGGUCGGGGCAUGGAGGGGCUGCCGGAAAAUGAGGUCUAUAGCGAGGACGGCGUGCAGGAGGAGGGCGAGAUGGACGCGGAUAUGGUCGCAGCUGAAGACGGCGAGCCUUCAUUUUCCAAGGAAUUGGGUCAGAUGAAGAGGAGGCUUAAGGAGAUCGAGGACGAGGCCGGUGCUCUCCGCGAAAUGCAGGCCAAGAUAGAGAAGGAGAUGGGCCCAGGGCAAGAUUCUUCUAGUGCUGCAGCAACACAAGCAAGCAAAGAGGAGGUGGAUGCCAGGUCCAUCUAUGUUGGCAACGUGGAUUAUGCUUGUACACCAGAGGAAGUCCAGCAGCAUUUCCAGUCAUGUGGUACAGUCAAUAGAGUGACCAUUUUGACAGACAAAUUUGGCCAGCCCAAGGGCUUUGCUUAUGUUGAGUUUGAUGAAACUGAUGCUGUCCAGAAUGCGCUCCUCUUAAAUGAGUCCGAGUUGCAUGGCCGCCAGUUAAAGGUGUCAGCAAAAAGAACAAACGUCCCUGGAAUGAAACAAUACAGAGGUCGGCGGCCAAACCCAUACUUUGGUUCUCGAUUUCAGAGGCCCUUUGCGCCGGCUGUAUAUUCUCCUUAUGGAUAUGGGAAGGCUCCUCGAUUCAGGCGUCCAAUGAGGUACAGGCCUUACUAUUGACGACAGUUUUCAAGCUGACAGAAUUCGAAUGUAUUGUCACUUCAGCAAUUUUACAUCAUCUUGUAAACACAUUAUUAUGCCCUUCUACUUGGAUCAAAGUGAUUUUUUCGGCUUUUGUAACGUGCAACUUAAGUCUAAGAUGUUUCACUGAUUAAUUUACAGUUGAAAUGGCUUUUUCUUCAAAA